CUUUCUUUCUUUCUUUUGUGUGCGUUUCCUCUCGCAGGGGAGGGGAUCCGAUUUUCUUUUUAAUUUUUUUUUUCCUUUUUCCCGGGAGGAUAAAUCUAAUCAAAGCUAAUAGAAAACCCUAAUUUCUCAUCAGUCCUUUUUCUAAUCCAGUUUCAAUAUCUUUUGAUGCAACAGUCUCCGAUCCCUUGGUUUCUGUUUCCGUUUUAAUCUUUUUUUUUUUGAAUUUAGAACAGAGAUUUUUUGCUUCGUGUUUGUGUCUGGUGGGUUCAAGACAUGGAUUUGGAAGCUGGCUGUAAGGAGAAACUAUCAUCUUUUAGGAUAAAAGAGCUCAAGGAUGUGCUCACUCAACUGGGACUUUCGAAACAGGGGAAGAAACAGGAUCUUGUUGAGCGGGUCUUGACACUUCUGUCUGAUGGACAAGCUGCCAAGUUGUGGUCUAAAAAGAAUACAAUGGCGAGGGAAGAAGUUGCAAAACUAGUUGAUGAUACUUAUAGGAAAAUGCAAGUGUCUGGGGCAAGUGAUUUAGCAUCAAAAGCCCAAGUAAGUUCAGAAACCAGCAAUCUGAAAGUCAAGGGGGAGCCUGAUGAUUCCUUUCGACCACAAGUGAAAGUUCGAUGUGUUUGUGGAAGUUCACUGGAGACUGACUCAAUGAUACAGUGUGAGGAUCCAAGAUGCCAUGUUUGGGAGCAUGUUGGCUGCGUUAUUUUCCCGGAAAAGUCUAUGAAUGGGAAUCCGCCACUUCCUGAAACCUUUUAUUGUGAAGUCUGUCGACUUACGCGAGCUGACCCGUUUUUCGUUACAGUGGCACAUCCACUUUAUCCAGUGAGGUUGACUCCAUCGACCGUCUCAAUUGAUGGUGUAAACACAGUGCAGACUGUUGAGAGAACUUUUCAAAUCACAAGGUCAGACAAGGACUUGUUCGCCAAACAAGAGUACGAUGUUCAGGCAUGGUGUAUGCUUUUGAACGACAAAGUUGUCUUUAGGAUGCAGUGGCCUCAGUACCCUGAACUGCAGAUCAAUGGUACGACUGUACGCACCAGUAGCCGACCUGCGUCACAGCUUUUGGGGGCUAACGGCCGCGACGAUGGACCUAUCAUCACACCUUUUGUUAGGGAUGGAAUUAACAGAAUAACCUUGGGCGGAGGUGAUAUUCGGAGAUUUUGUUUUGGAGUUAGACUUGUGAAGCGCAGGACUCUACAAGAGGUUCUAAAUUUGAUUCCAGAAGAGACUAAAGGGGAGACGUUUGAAGAUGCUCUAGCACGUGUACGACGAUGCAUUGGGGGUGGAGGUGGAGAUGAUAAUGCAGACAGUGAUAGUGACAUUGAAGUUGUUGCUGAUUCCUUCGGUGUCAACCUCCGGUGUCCUAUGAGCGGUACUAGGAUAAAAGUUGCUGGGAGAUUUUCACCGUGUGUGCACAUGGGCGGGUUUGACCUUGAGGUGUUUGUACAGUUGAAUCAACGUUCCAGAAAGUGGCAGUGCCCUAUUUGUCUGAAGAACUACUCAGUUGAACAUGUAAUCGUGGAUCCUUAUUUUAACCGUAUCACGUCUAAGAUGAAGCAUUGUGAAGAAGAUGUGACUGAAAUUGAAGUGAAACCUGAUGGUUCUUGGCGUGUAAAGUCCAAAAAACAGAGUGAACUCUCACAGUGGCACUUACCCGAUGGUAGCCUAUGCCCCUCUGUUGAUGAGGUUAAGCGGAAGAUGGAAAUGUUGAUUCCGGUUAAACAAGAAGGUUUCUCAGAUGGUCCAACUCCUCUGAAACUUGGCAUAAGGAAGAAUCGCAAUGGCGUUUGGGAAGUUAGGAAGCCUACUCCAAAUGGACUUUCUUCCAGUAAUAAGGUUGGGUAUCAGGACAAGAAUGGUAUACCAAUGAGUAGUAGCGCUACUGGAAGUGGUCGUGAUGGUGGUGGUGAUGAUGCAAGCGUAAGCCAGGAUGCUAUUGGAUCCUUUGACUUUGGAACCAAUGGCAUCGAACUUGAUUCCAUUUCAAUGAAUGUCGAUUCAGGCUAUAACAUUCUUGACGGAAACCAAGCUGGGGAGGAUAUGAACAAUGAAGUUAUUGUUCUAAGUGAUUCUGAUGAAGAUAACGAUGCAGUAAUCACUCCUGCACCUGGAUACAGUGGUGGGGUAAACUUUCCGUUGAACCCUUCUGGUAUCAUUAACUCAUAUAAUGAGGACACGCACACCAUGGCUGGUGGGGGAAGUUCACGCUUAGGUGUUUCCAACGAUGAUGAUGAUUUUGUGACGCCAUGGUGGUCACUUCCUCCUGAUACUCCAGAAGCCCCUGGGUUCCCACUAUUUGCAUCUGAUGCUGACGUCUCAGAAGGUUUACUUGGUUUGCAUCAUCAUGGCCCUCCACUAAACUGUGCUCCUGAAAUGAAUGGAGAUUACACCAUGGCUCCUGAGACAUCUGAAGUAGGUGCGAACGAUGGCGGCCUAGUUGACAAUCCUCUUGCAUUUGGUAGAGACGAUCCUUCACUUCAAAUAUUUUUGCCAACGAAACCAGAUGCUUCAGCUCAGACGGGUUUUUUAAACCAAGCUGAUAUGUCAAAUGGUAUCCGCAGUGAUGACUGGAUAUCGCUUAGGCUCGGCGAUAGCGCUGGUGGUGGGAAUCAUGGAAAGGCUACUUCUGCAAAUGGCCUCAACUCAAACCAGCAGAUGUUGACAACGACAGAUACUGCGUCUUUGCUUUUGGGUAUGAAUGACGACAAGGCAAAGAGACAAAGAUCAGACAACCCAUUUUCAUUUCCUCGGCAGAAGCGUUCUAACAAUCAACAGGAAUAUCAGACAGCAGGAGUUAGCCUUGAUUCGGUGUGCAGACAAGACUCGAAUUGGUAGUAACUAUUUAUUUCUUUAUAUUGCUGAGUCUCCUCAGUAUCGGUUGGCCCUUGUCUGUUACACACUGCAGGGGACCAAAGCAAAGCACAGAGGGUGAUUUAGUUUACUUAAUAGGCAGGGCACAGAGGUGGUUCCGGGUUAAUUGGUAACUUGUAUACUCGAAUAGCUUUUUUCUUUUAUGGAAGAUUAUUAAAAUUACUUGGGUGCCAGAAGCAUGGAACGUUGUAAAUUAUGGGCUCCCUAUUUUUUAUCUAUUAUAAAAAUCAGCUCUUAUCCA